AUGGAGAAACACGUCAACAAAACUUCCGAUGGCCUCGUUGCGCGAGAGAGAGACCAGAAGAUUACGAAUCCCCUUACUGGUCGCUUGGUCGCUUUGAGUUGCGGCGCAAGUAUCUGGCUAUGCGGUACUGGGCUUAGCACCAUCGGGUUGGCGAUGCAAGAACAAAGCCACAAUACCCUGUUAAGAUACUGGCAAGAUCUUGUGGCUGGUCCAGUACAGCGGUUGUCCAGCGCUGUCUUGGCUGGAAGCAUAGCCUUGUGUAGCGUUGGGUAUGUGACGGCAUGUAUGAUAGCGUAUCAGCGAGAUCCAAGUUUUAUCACAGUCACGACCGCAACUUGCAUCGCUGCAGUCUUUGUCGAAGGCUUGUGGAAUGGGCUCCAUGUGAGCUUCAUGGAAAGGCUCGCAGUCGUGAUGCCGUUAGCUAUUAAUAUCGGUGUUACCUUGGCGUUGAACCGUCAAAGAACUCCAAAGUCCCGGAAUGUACAGAUAGUUGGCGACAAGGCAUAG